AUGGGCGUUCAGCAACUCUGGUCGCUGGUGGACCCGGCCGGCCGGCCGGUGGAUUUUCGUCGGGACCUCGAGGGAAAGCGCGUGGCCGUGGACGGAUCUGGCUGGCUGCAUGCCCUGGCGGCCGGCUUUCGCCACCAGGCCGAGCGCGAUGCCCUCGGGCCGGGGGUCGAUUCCGACCAGGCCCGGCGGCGCUUCCUCCUGCUGCACAUGGUCCGCCGGGUGCUUGCGCUCUACACCCUGGGCGUGACACAUGUGGUGGUGGUAUUCGAUCACCCACGCGGUGGACCGCCCCUCAAGGAGAAGGUGUUGGCCGCCCGCCGGGCUCAGCGCGCGCUGGCCCUCAGCCGAGCCCAUCAAAAUGCCCUGCGCCUGGCGCUGGCCGGGCGCUUGGCCGAUCUGGCCGCAGGCACGGCCGACUACUCGGUCCCCGCGAGCCUGGGUCCCGGGCCGGCUGGGCCCGCGGGCCCGGCUGUUGCCCGGCAGGCGGUGGCCGACCCGGCCGCCGAGCAAGCUGCUGCGCUGAUGGCCGCCCUUCGGCAAACCGGCGGCCAGAUGUCCGAUGAGGAGUUGCAGGCCGCCCUGCGACCGCUUUCGGUCGCUGGCCGGCAAAUGGUCCUGGCCGGCAUGGCCGGCACCGGCUUCACUUCGGCUGGCGAUGCCCAGGCUCCCGCGGUCAGCCCCCACGACGAGGACGCCGAGGAAGAUGUGUGGGCCGGCUUCGGGCGGCGUGCCACGGCCCUGCUGGACGCGACCUUCGGCCGGGAGCCCCUGCCGGGGGGCCAGCCGACGCAGGAUCCGCUGGCCGAGUUUUCCCGGUCGCAGGUCCGCUCGGCGGUCCUGCGCGCGCGUGUGAAACACUCCCUCAGGCAGCUUGAUGAGGAAGAAAUGCCCGACGACGGGUCGGCCAUCAAGCGCAUUCGCUAUCUUCCCCUGAAGGAGGAGGAGGCUCAAGCGGCAGCCGCGCUGUCGGCCGAGCCGGCGCUGGACCUCGACCCGGCCGCCCUCUCGUCCUGUCUGCCGCUGCCCGAUGGCCUGCUAGCGGCCGAGGAGACGCCAGGGCCUGCGCCAGGUCAAGGCUUGCUCGUCGCCGGCGAGAGUCCCUUCCUCAGUCGGACGUCAUUUCUCAGUGGCACAAUCCGUCGGGCCGGCGCCCGGGACUUGGCCAGCCGGCCCACGGCCCACCCAUCAUCCGAGCUCGCAAAGGAAGAGCAUCCUGUGUCGGUCGCGGGCGCUGGGGCUCCCCGGCCGCCACCGGCCCCGCCGGUAAAAGAGGAGCCAGCCUGCUCGCUUGAUGAGCACUCGAGCCAAGCUCGGGGCGCUGUGUCGGCUGUGGGCCCCUCUUCAUCGGGCCUGGCUGGUGGGCCUGCCCAAGGUCACGGCGCUCCCCAAGUCGGCGCCCCUGCCAAAGUGGCUGAGGGCCUUGAAGCCGGGCAAGAAGCGGCGGCCAGUGACUCGAGGGGUGAUUGUCUCCGAGGCGAUGACCUGGAGGACAAUGGCCUCGAGGACGAUGACCUGGAGGACAAUGGCCUCGAGGACGAUGACCUGGAGGACGAUGACUUCGAGGACAUCCCUGUGAGUUCGCCAGCUGCGGCACCCCCACCGGACUCGCCACAGCCCCACGAGCCUGCCGACAUCUUGGCCUACCUGGCCAGCGUGGUUGGCGAGGUAACCGGCUCGAUGGGUGACGCACCGGCGGCCGGGUCUCCUUCCCCUCCUGCCCCGGCCACCGGGGAGGCCGAGCUGCCGACUAUGCUGACGGACGAGCCGGUGACCGUCCACGCUGCCGAGCCCAUGGCCGUGGGUGUUGGUGAGCCGACGCCUGUGCACGUUGAUGGCCCGGCGACCAUGCAUGAUGGCGAGCUGGCGACCGUGCAUGCUGCUGUGCCAAUGCCGGAGCCCGCGACUCUGCACGGGGCUGUGUCUGCGCCACUGUCCGAGCCGACUGGCACGGCUGCCGGCGCUGCCGCCACCGCUGCUGUCGAGGCUGACAUUGCGACCGGGGAUGCGAUUGGCUCGGUGGCCGGCUCGGCACCCUCGUCCAGAGGUGACACCGAUGAGGGGGAAGCCGCCCCGGGGCCCGGGGCCACGAGCACCGGCUUGACAGCGUCGCGGCCAUACUUUGAGCCCGAGGUCGAUGUGGGUCUUCCCUCGAGCCCGGCGUCCGACAUGGAGGAGCCGGCCUUCGCCUUCAGCUCCGACUCGGAGUCCGAUGGGGAGGACGUCUCCGCGGGGGCGGCCAGCGUGCGCCUGGACCCCGGCCGGCUGGCAGCCGCCAUCUCCAGCCUGGAUCGACAGCUGCGUCGCGAUGCAGCCCACGCAGUGAGUCCCUUCCGCCCGGAUGCCGGGGGCGCGGCCCUCAGCCAGCACGCCGAGCAGGUGGCCGAGCAGGUGGCCAGCCUGCUGCCAUCGGCCAGGGGCUCGGAGCCACCGGCCCCGGCACCUUCAUCCGAUGGGCCGGGCCUCCUGCCUGAGGCCGACCAUCCGGCGGCCAUGGCAUUCACUUCGCCGGACCUGAUGGACGAGCUGGCGGUGGCCCUGCUUGCAGUGGGGGCCGGCUGGCUGACAGCUCGAACCCGGCCAGGCGGCCUGGUCGAGGAUGCCGAGGCCCGGUGCGGGCUUCUCUCGCAACGCGGCCAGGUGGAUGUGGUCCUGUCGGAUGACAAUGAUGCGCUGCUCUUCGGCUCGCGCACCGUUGUCCGGGGCCUGUUCGGCUCGCGACCCGGCGCCCUGCGGCUCUAUUCCCUGGCGGCCCUGCGCGGGAACCUGGGUCUUUCCCGCUCGCGACUCAUCCAGCUGGCACACCUCCUGGGGUCGGACUUCUCGGAGGGUCUCUUCGGUGUUGGGCCGGUGCUCGCUUGCGAGAUCCUGGCCGCCUUCGCCGAUGACCAUGACGAGGCCAAGCCGGAUGUCCUGCUUCAACGGUUUGCCGCGUGGUGGCGCGGGUACCCGAACAUGACACCAGCCGCGCGGUCCGGCCUCUCGCCGGCCACUCGGGCGUUGGCUCGCGCGCUCGGCGCCCUGCGCUCUCCGCCAACGGCCGCUGGUGCCCCCGCCGAGGGCAGCCCGCCGGCCGGUCUCCGGCUGCCUGAGGACUUUCCGGACCCCCGCGUGACGGCCCUGUACUUGCAUGUCUGGCCGUCUGUUGGCCGAGAGCCCCGCGAGGAGGAGGCUGCAUUGGCGGACUUGGCCAUCGAUUCGGAUGCCCUAUUUCGGGUCUUCCGUCGGAAUGGCAUCCACCAGCACCAGGCCCAAACAGAUGGCUUCGUCCGGCCGGCCAUCGAGCGCCGCGCAGCCAUUCUCGGGUAUGAUGCCGCCGGGUCCCAGGUGCCCAUCACGCACUUCUUCUACCGCGACCCGGGGAGCGAGCGACUCCGAGACACGGCACCGGAUGGCCCGGCCUCGGCGCCGGCCGACGGCGACCUGCGCCUUGGCCCGCGACGCUUCGACCGGACCCCCUGGUCCGGGGUACGUGGGCAAAAGGCCCUGGCCAUCCUGCAGGCGUCCCUGCCUCCGCCGUGAUUCCGGCAGCCGGUGGAGGACAAUAGAACCGGCGCAUACCCCCCCCC